AUGAUUGGAUUAAAACCACAGCCUCAUUUGUUAUUUCUUCUUCUUCUUCUAGCUGUAACAUUUUUUUCAUGUUCAGUUCAAUCAUUGAGGUUCGAUUUACCAUCUGGAUUUUCCAAAUGCAUCUCGGAAGACAUCAAGAAAAAUUGGAUGACAGUUGGAAAUUACUCGAUCGUAAAUUCAAACGAGGGUCAGUCUUUACCCUCGGAUCACACCAUCGCUGUUACGGUGUAUAUGUCUGGAGCCACUACCUCACAUGAUUAUGCAGAACAUGUUCAAUCUGGACAGUUUUCAUUUGUGGCACAAGAAAGUGGUAACUACUUGGUGUGUUUUUGGGUGGAUUCAACACGUGAUUCUGGAGUGACACUGUCUGUUGAUUUUGUGUGGAAAACUGGUGUGGCUGCUGCGGAUUGGUCUAAAAUUGCAAAGCAAACUAACGUUGAUAGAAUGGCACGAGAGGUAAAAGUUUUGCAUGAAAAUGCAUUGUCCAUUAUGGAGGAGAUAAUUUAUCUCCGUGAACGAGAUGAAGAAAUGCUAGAUUUCAAUUGGACAACCAACACCAGAAUGUUAUGGUUGAGUUUUGUUUCAUUUCUGGUCUGCUUCUCAGUUGCUGGGUUGCAGCUAUGGCAUUUGAAGAGUUUUUUUAAGAAAAAUAAGAUUUUGUAA